AACAAGAACUGAAACAUUCAAAAACACGUGUGAACUGUUUCUUUUAACGUGGAUUUGUUGUAAGCACUGAAAAACUCACCUUCGUUGUCUCAGGGAAAUGGCGUCAUUGAAACUGCCAGAGGUUGUUCCUUCUCCUACCCAAGACAGUGAAAGACUCAGAAAGGCUUUCCAAGGAUUUGGGACAGAUGAGAGAGCACUGAUACUGGUAUUGGGACACAGGAAUGCUCAACAAAGGAAGGAAAUUGCAGAAACUUAUAAGCAGCUUUACAAUGAAUCACUGAUUGAUCGUCUCCAUUCAGAAUUGUCUGGUGAUUUUAGAAAUGCUAUAAUUCUGUGGACUUACGACCCUCCAGAAAGGCACGCAAGACUAGCAAACAGUGCAUUGAAAGCUAAGAAAAAGGGGAUUAAACAACUUCAGGUUCUGGUUGAAAUAACAUGUGCUUCAACUCCUAACCAUUUGGUAGCUGUCAGGCAGGCUUAUUGCUCUCUCUUUGAUUCUUCACUCGAGGAAGACAUUAUUUCCAAUGUUGCUGCACCUCUCAGAAAGCUUUUAGUGAGCCUGGUAAGCUCAUACAGAUAUGAUAAAGUUGCUGUAAAUUUGGAGGUUGCCAAGUCAGAGGCAUCAAAACUGCAUGAAGCUAUCAGCAACAAAAAAUUAGAUGAUGAUCAUGUUGUGUGGACACUUAGCACCAGGAAUCUUUUCCAGCUUCGGGAAACUUUUACAUGCUACAACAACCUCUAUGGGAAUACAUUGGAACAGGGCAUAAAAAGUUGUGGUAGUGGUGAUUUGGAAGCUCUCUUACAACUGGUAAUAUUGUGUAUAGAUUCCCCUGAGAAACAUUUUGCAAAGGUUAUAAGAGAUUCAAUUGUUGGUCUUGGAACCGAUGAAGAUUCACUGAGCAGAGCUAUCGUAACUCGAGCAGAAGUUGACCUGUUGAAAGUAAGAUUUGAAUAUUAUACCAUGUUCAAGAUCAAUCUUGAUGAUGAUGUCUCAGGGGAUACCUCAGGGGACUACAAAGAUUUUUUGAUGACUUUGUUAGGGAGAGGUCCAGAAGGAGAGUGAUACUUUAUAACUACCAACAAACACUUGUCUUAUAUAAUCGUAUUAUAUGAUUGAUUGUAGGAUGACAUAUAUUUACGUUCAUUUGACAUAUAUUAUAAGAAUAAAACGAUUAUAAU